AUGUCUGUCCCUUUCUUUAAUAAAUCAUCAGAGGAAAUACCUCUUGUUUUAACCAAGAGAACUCCUACUGUCAUCGAACAAUUCACUGAGACUUAUGGUGUUGCUCCAGAUUUCAUAACUAGAUCACCUGGUAGAGUUAACUUAAUUGGUGAACAUAUUGAUUACUGUGACUUCUCGGUUUUACCAAUGGCCAUCGAUGUCGAUAUGGUUUUGGGUAUCAGAGUCUUAGAUGAAUCUGAAAAUUCAAUUACUAUUUCAAAUUCUGACAAGAGAUUUGUCCAAAGAAAGUUCGAUUUACCAUUAGAUGGUUCUUUUGUUAACAUCGAUCCUUCUGUUUCAGAUUGGUCAAACUAUUUUAAAUGUGGGUUACAUGUUGCUCAUGAAUUCUUAAAAAGUUUAAGUCCAGAAAAAUUUAGUAACAGACCUUUAGUAGGUAUGGAAAUAUUCUGUGACGGUAAUGUCCCAACUGGUGGUGGUUUAUCUUCUUCUGCUGCUUUCAUUUGUGCUACCGCUUUAGCUAUAAUUAGAGCCAAUAUGGGACCAAAAUAUGUCGUUUCAAAACAAGACUUAAUGAGAAUUACUGUUGUUGCUGAACAUUACGUUGGUGUCAACAACGGUGGUAUGGAUCAAGCUGCCUCUGUUUGUGGCGAAGAGGACCAUGUCUUAUACGUUGAAUUCAAGCCUCAAUUGAAAGCCACUCCAUUCAAAUUCCCACAAUUAAAAUCUAAACAAAUUCAAUUUGUUAUUGCUAACUCACUAGUUGUCUCAAAUAAACACGAAACUGCUCCAACAAACUAUAAUUUAAGAGUAGUUGAAGUCACAAUUGCUGCAAACUUGUUGGCUACCAAAUAUGGAGUUUCUAUCCAAAAGAGAAACGACGGCAAUAGCUCAAGUUAUGGCACUUUAAGAGAUUUUAUGAAUGCUUACUAUGCUCGUUAUCACGGUGUCACUGUUCCAUGGGAUGGUGAUAUCAACACUGGUAUUGAGCGUUUAGAAAAAAUGGUCGAAUUAGUUGAACAAUGCCUUGGUUCAAACAAAGAAGGGUUUACAGUCGAUGAAAUUGCUGCUGCAUUGAACAUUUCAAGAGAAGCAUUCACCAAUAAUUAUUUGACUAUCUUCCCUGUCAGGUUCCAAGUCUUAAAAUUAUACCAAAGAGCUAGACAUGUUUACACUGAAGCUUUAAGAGUUUUGAAGAGUAUUAGACUAUUGACCUCUACUGAAUUUAACAGCGAUGAUGAUUUCUUCACUUCGUUUGGUAACUUAAUGAAUCAAUCACAAGAAUCAUGUGACAAAUUUUACGAAUGUUCAUGCCAACAAUUGAAUGAAAUUUGUGAAAUUGCAUUAGCUAAUGGUUCCUUUGGUUCACGUUUGACUGGUGCAGGUUGGGGUGGCUGUUCUGUCCAUUUAGUUCCAGCUGGUGCUGAAGCUGAAAAAGUUAAGAAAGCCUUAAUUGAUAACUAUUACAAAGUUAAAUUCCCAAAUAUCUCUGAAAGUGAAAUUGACAAUGCAAUCAUUAUCUCCAAACCUACAAUUGGAAGUUGUGUUUACGAAUUGUAA